UCUUUUUCUUAUCACAACUAUGCAAUGCCAUUUUUAUUUAUUUUCUUUGUACAUGAAUUAUGUUUGGUUACUGAAUUUUCUGUAAAUUGUAUUUUAUGUAUCACUUCUCCUUCAAUUACAGGAAGGCCUACUACUAAUCUAGAAUCUGUACUUAGCGUUGAGAGGAUACAAAUUACUACAUUAAGAGUAUUUACUUAUCAAGAAUUAGCAAAAACAACUGGUGGCUUUUCCAAUUUCAAUCUCCUUGGCGAGGGUGGUUUUGGUCAGGUUUUUAAGGGAACGCUUCCAAAUGGUAUGGUUGUUGCAAUUAAGAAGCUUAAACAUAUGUCUAGACAAGGGGAAAAUGAAUUUAUGGCAGAGAUUGGGACGCUUAACCGCAUCCAUCACCGAAAUCUCGUGAAUCUGAUCGGAUACUGCAGUGAGAAAGCCAAUAGAUUGCUUAUUUAUGAGUUUAUUCCCAACAAUUCCUUGCGAGAUCAUUUACAUGUUUCUAUAAUUGCAGAACAGGACAACAGAGUGGUCAUCAAUUGGCUAGCCAGAAUAAAAAUUGCCAUAGGUUCUGCAAAAGGAUUGGCAUAUUUGCAUGAAAUCUGUAAUCCAAAGAUCAUACACAGGAAUAUCACUGCUAGCAAUAUCCUUCUUGAUCAAAACUUUGAACCAAAGAUUUCAGAUUUUGGACUUGCCAAGCAAUUUUCAAAUUCUGUUACCCAUAUGUCCACUGUGGUAAAGGGAACCUUUGGUUAUCUUUGCCCUGAAUAUUUCAGAACCCAACAGAUCAGUGAUAAGACUGAUGUAUAUUCCUUUGGUGUGGUGCUUUUAGAGUUAAUCACUGGUAAAAAGCCUAUUUCAAGGGAAGGCAAUUUUCAAGCCUUGACUUCUUGGGUAGCAGUUCAACUCAAAGAAGCUUUGGACACAGACAAUUAUAGUAAUAUUGUUGAUGUCAAAUUAAAGAAUAAUUAUAGCAAAAUAGAAAUGAUUCGAAUGAUUUAUUGUGCCGCAGCCUGUAUAUAUAAACCUGCAAAAUAUCGGCCAAAAAUGAGUCAGAUUGUUGAAGUCUUACAAGGAAAUUUGGCAUCGGAAAGUAUAUGGCUAAGCAGUGACAACACUUUCCUUAAAGAUGAGUAUUAACUAUAUUAGCCAUGGGAAUCAUAGAUUUAGAAAUAUAACCAAUAUAACGAUACACAAGGUCUGGACUAAGAGAAGCCUCAGCUGCAAUUAAUUUAUGCAACCCUCUACUCCAUUCCCUUUUCAUACAUUGACAUAGUCAUCCCUCCUUUGGUUCAAAUUGCCCUUCAUAGCCUCCUUUGAUUCAAAUUGGUUUUUAUAGGUAUGGUUUGUGAUUUUGUAGAUCUGAGUUAUGCUUAGAACUCUCUUACCCUACGAUUUGUGUGUGUCCGUGUGUUUUUUUUUUUUUUUUUUUUGUGUUAACGAAUUUUGAGUCUAUUCUUCGUAGCUCUGCCUAUAUGGUUUGAUUUUCUGUUUACAAUGUGGCUUGGCUGUGGUUUCGGAUUGUUUGGAGUCGGCUUGUUUUGGUUAGAAAGAAAGCCCUGCCCAUGCCCACCCCUCUUUACAUCAGAAAUUAAGAACGAUGAUGCUGAUGAAGAUACAGCAGAAAUACAAAUGUGACAAAUCCGAUGAUUUUGUUUUGUUAA